AUGCAUUAUAUCAACGUUCACAAUCAGUCCGACCACGACCAAAUGUUCGAGGUCCACGGCUUCAACAACAACCACACCAUCAACGUCAAGCCAGGAGCAACGACAGUCUUCCCAGCUCCGGAUAGAACCUCAGGCGCAAUCAUCGCCGUGCACGAUGGUUUCGAAAGUGAGCAAGCCGAGAUUACCAAGGAUGGUUUCAUGGGCAACGAUUUUAUCGACGUAAGCAACAUCGUCGGCGCCGGCGGCAACAUCACCGUCCAACAAGUUGGGGAACCCGCCACUCGCAAAGGAGACCCGGUCUUCAUGCAACAGCUCAACGCAUCGUGGCACCGAGCGAGCGCCGGUACAAAAGCGUCGCUGAAAGAGUGUGUGCAUCUGAACGAAAAGGGCGACGUCGCGAGGAUAUCCGCCAUCAAAGAUUACCCCCAGCUGGAGAGGUUCGUGCGCGGAUUCGCGGACGGCAAGACAUACAUCGGCGUUGGCGCUUGGGGGGGCAGUCCCGGCGUUGGCAGUGACAAUGCACAGAGCUCCGCUGCGCACGGCGACAAAGACAUCUUAAUCACCUACGCCGACGGCGACGCGACCCCAAGCCCCCCUGCCCACAUGGCGCACCGCCCAACGCAGAAGCGCCUCGUCGAGCACACGACCGGCGAGCACAACCACGGCGGGCCCGGUAUAAUCCUCACCAACAAGUCCAACAAACCCUGCACGUACUACUUCUACGACAACUUCUGGAACGGCAACGGCACCGCCGGCUGCAACUUCACCCACCCCUCCAAAGCCACCACCGUCCGCCCCGCCACCACCACCUUCGUCCCGCUGCCCUCGACCUUCAAAGGCCGCGUGCAGCGCGGCACCGCCCUGCCGGCGACGUGGGUGGAGUUCCAACUGUGCGCCGCGAACGACCGGGCGGCGCACGGGGACGUGUCGCUGGAGCAAGGGUGCGACGGCGCGGCGACGGUCGCCUCGACGGACGGCAGCGACCGCAGCAACGGGUUCCACGAGGACGUCCUGCGCGACGCGCCGCACGCCGCCGUGACGCGGAAGCCGGGCGGGGAGGUGGCGCUGGCGAGCACGGUGGGGAACUGGAUGGCGGGGCCGAACGGGGCGGCGGUUGAGUGGGAGAGGAAGAUGGUGGGGCAGGAGAGGGCGUAUAUCACCGGUGGGACGGGGGUGCCGGAUGUGGCGAGUCAUAAUCAGGUGGUUCCGGCAUCCGUAGCAGUGGUGGUGCUUGUGACUACGGUCACGCUCGUGCUGGAAGAGCUGGAAGAGCUGGACGAUGAGCUUGAGUCGCUUGAGGAGGACGAGGAGUCGCUUGAGGAAGACGAGGAGUCGGUUGACGAGCUAGUCGAACUAGAAGAUGUGAGGGUUAGGGAUGGGGAGGUGAUUGAGAGGCUCGAGCUAGAAGAUGUGAGGGUUGAGGAUGGGAUGGUGAUUGAGGUAAUCGAAGAGGAGUUGAACGAUGGAGUCGUGGUUACAGCGGUGGAUGUGCUCACUGGGGUGGUGCUUGGCGACGUGGUAUUCGAUGUGCUGAAUGUACUGAAGAAGGUAUCGGAAGUGGUGGUGAAAGAUGUAGUGGUAGUAGGUGUGGUAGAGGGUGUGGUGAAUGUAUCGGAGAUGGUAUCGGAAGUCGUAGUGCUAUCCGGGGUAGUGGUAGUCGAAUCGGUGUCAUCACCGCACACGCCAUCGCAAGCAACAAUCGCGCCAUUGACACACUCGGUACCAGCGGCGACCUCCCUGGUCACAGAUGAAGAAGGUGAGGCCGUUCGCCCCGCAGAAGAGUUGGCCAUCGGGGGAGCAGUUGCCAAAGUUGUCGGCGCGGAUGCGGUUCUCGCUUGUGUCGCAGAAGGUGCCUUGGGCGACAGAGCCGAAGAAGAAGUACUCGGUUCCGGUGGAGGUUGGGACGCAGAGGGAGAAGGUGUCGGGGGUGUUGCAGAAGAUGCCGUAGACGCCGCAGCCGGUGUCGCCGGCAACGGAGCGGGCGGGGGCUGGGCGAGGAGUGGCGGACACGAGGCCGAAGACGGCGGCGAGGCCGAAGAAGAGAGGAGUGUACUGCAUUGUGACGAAGAAGAUUGUUUUUGGUGGUUUUGUAUGAGGUAG